AUGCCCAUCCCAUUCAUCGGGCGAUUGAACAUCAUCGAAUAUGCCGCUCUUGUAGGGUCGUUCCUUCUCGUCGGCUUCGAGGCCGUCAUUCGCAUCCUCACCCUCGCACUCCCCAUCGCGACCUCUGUUCGCGAUGCCUCUGAUUUUGUCGACCUGUGCCGCCUCUACGGAUACGAAGCAGAAGAACAUGUCACCCAGACGAAGGACGGAUUCUUGCUCGGCCUGCACCGAUUGGCCUGGAAGAAGGGCGAGGAGGGCAAGAAGGUCAACAAUGGACCCAACAGUUUGCGAAAGAAGGUGGUCUAUCUGCACCAUGGACUGCUCAUGAACUCGGAAGUCUGGGUCUGUCUGACGCACGCCGAGCGCUGCCUUCCCUUUGUCCUCGUCGAGCGGGGCUACGAUGUCUGGCUUGGGAACAACCGCGGCAACAAGUACUCGAAGAAGUCGGUCAAGCACUCGCCAACAUCCCUCGAGUUCUGGAACUUUUCCAUCGACGAGUUUGCCUUCCACGACAUCCCCGACAGCAUUUCGUACAUUCUCGACACCACGAGCCAAAAGAGCCUGUCAUACAUCGGCUUCUCCCAGGGCACGGCGCAAGCUUUCGCGACACUGGCCAUCCACCCCAAGCUGAACGACCAGGUCAACGUCUUCAUCGCGCUGGCGCCCGCCAUGUCGCCUGCCGGCCUGUCGAACGGUAUCGUGGACGCACUGGUCAAGGCGUCGCCCCAGGUCCUCUUCCUGCUGUUCGGUCGCCGGUCGAUCCUCAGCUCGGCCACCAUGUGGCAGUCGAUUCUGUACCCGCCCAUCUUCGUCAAGCUCAUCGACUACGGGCUGACGUUUCUCUUCAACUGGCGGACCAAGAACAUUACCGUCAGCCAAAAGUUGGCCGCCUACCCGCACCUGUAUUCGUUCACCAGCACCAAGAGCGUGGUGCACUGGUUCCAGAUCAUCCGCAACAAGUCCUUCCAGAUGUACGACGACGACGUCCAGCAGCACAUGUCGCUGAACACGUCGAGCAAGUACACCAAGGUGGCCAAGUACCCGACGCGCAACAUCAAGACGCCAAUCGUGCUCGUCUACGGCGGCAGCGACUCGCUGGUCGACAUCAAGGUGAUGCUGCGCGAGCUGCCCUCGCAGACGGUGGCGACGGAGAUCCCGCACUACGAGCACCUCGACUUUUUGUGGGGGCGCGACGUCAACCAUCGGGUGUUUCCGCACGUGUUCGAUGCGCUCGACAACUUUACAGACCCGCAGCACUCGGCGGAGGAGUUUGCCAAGUAUCAGAUGGCGCGGGAGGAGAGCCUCAUCGAGUCGGGUGCUGCGUACCACGGUCACGCCUCCCGCGCAAGCGACGCCUCGACGAGCGACCUGUCGACGCUGGUGGUAGAAAAUGGCCGGAAUGGCACCCGGCCCGUGACGCCCACGACGCCCGUGCAACAGAGGUCGCGAGGCCGGCCGUCGGGCAUCCCGUCGCCGCAGAAUACGACGCGCGCGCGCACAGCGUACCAGCACCAGGCUGUCGAGCACAGGCCGGCAUCGCCCGACGAUGGCGCGGACUCGCGGCCCUCGACGGCUGAUCAGCAAAGGCUGGACGGGGCGCAGGAGGUCAAGGAGUCGCCGGCGACGAAGCUCAAGGGCAUCGGCGUCCGUCGGGGCAGCGGCGGCAGCGCGCUGAGUUUCGAGGGCGGGCGUGGAAUCAACAUUGGCACGGGGAAGGCACCGGGCGUCUCUGGGCUGGUGACAACGGGAGGCAUCGAUACCAAGGGCGUCAUCAACGCCAGCCCCGUGUCAGAGGCGAGGAGGAAGAAGAAGAAGACGUGA